AGGAGGCCGGCAGCCCAGCUGUUUUGAAAAAUGCUUCCUGUUUCUUUAAAGGCGCUCGCGGCUCGGGCGGCCGGGGUUGGGGAGGCGGUGGCGGCGGGAGCUACCUCCUCUCCGGGCGGCGGCGCUGACUGAUCUCGCGAACUGGGCUUCUGUGUAAACUGAGGCUAAACAAACACAGAUGGAGCUCAGCGGGCGUUCUCCAGAAAUGCUGGCUAGGCUGCAGGGACUUCAGAUGACACUCUGAGCGCUCCGGGAACGGACAGCCCAGCGGCUUCGCGGAGCCGGCGGCGCAGCUGCCCCGGGCGAGGGGGAGAAAAGGAGAGAGGGAGGGAGGCGGCAAGGGAGGGCGAGGGAGCGAAGGGGGAGAGCGAGAGACUCCGCGGCGCUGAGCGCUGCCGGGACAGAGCCCGCGCGCGGCGUGCAGAGCGGGCGCGGCGAGUGAGCGUCCCGGGCAGCCCCCCGCCCCUGCCUCGCGCGCUGUCCGAGCCAUGAAGCACAUCCCAGUCCUCGAGGACGGGCCAUGGAAGACCGUGUGCGUGAAGGAGCUGAAUGGUCUCAAGAAGCUCAAGCGGAAAGGCAAGGAGCCGGCGCGGCGCGCGAAUGGCUAUAAAACUUUCCGAUUGGACUUGGAAGCUCCUGAGCCCGGCGCGGUCGCCACCAACGGGCUUCGGGACAGGACCCAGCGGCUGCAGCCGGUCCCAGUGCCAGCCCCAGCGGCUCCGGCUGUUCCCCAAAGUGGGGGCGCGGACAUAAACCGGGAGCGGGGGGGCUCCCGGGCGCCCGAAGUCUCGGAUGUGCGGAGACGCGGCUUUACCCUGGGCGCAGUGGGGCCGGGACUCCCCACGCCGCCGCCGGCGUCGGCGCCGCAGGGCCAAAUACCCGCGGGUCCCGAGGCACAGCCUUUCCGGGAGCCCGGCCUGCGUCCCCGCAUCUUACUGUGCGCACCGCCUGCGCGCCCCGCGCCCCCAGCGCCUCUAGCGCCUGCAGCGCCCCCAGAUCCCGUAGUGCGUCUUGCGCCCCCCACGCGCCCCGGGGAAAGUUCCUACUCUUCAAUUUCACACGUAAUUUACAAUAACCACCCGGAUUCCUCCGCGUCGCCUAGGAAACGGCCAGCCGAAGCGACUGCUGCCUCCUCGGAGAUCAAAGCCCUGCAGCAGACCCGGAGGCUCCUGGCCAACGCCAGGGAGCGGACUCGGGUGCACACCAUCAGCGCAGCCUUCGAGGCACUCAGGAAGCAGGUGCCAUGCUACUCAUAUGGGCAGAAGCUGUCCAAACUGGCCAUCCUGAGGAUUGCCUGUAACUACAUCUUGUCCCUGGCGCGGCUGGCUGACCUCGACUACAGCGCAGACCACAGCAACCUCAGCUUCUCCGAGUGUGUACAGCGCUGCACCCGUACCCUGCAGGCCGAGGGACGUGCCAAGAAGCGCAAGGAGUGACUGGCCAUGGACUAGACUGAGGACGCUGCUGUGGGCCCUCUGUCCAGUCAGGCCUGAGGAGAAGGUGAGCUCGCCAAGUCUAGCCUGGUCGUCUUUUCCAAGAUACCUCCAGAUGCUCAGCCCACUGCCUCUCAAGGUCAGACAGGAGCAUGCCUGCCUCCCUCUGGCCCUCCACCCUCACCCUGCCACACCACUCCAAGGUUACUGUGCACUUUGCCUUCCUCCUGCGGGGCCCACUGUCUGGCUGCAGAAAUCCAUUGCCAAAGAUUCAACAGAGACCUGAAGAAAAUGGGGUGUGAAACCCCAAAGUGAAAAGCCACACCAUUGUUCUGAAUUCUGCCUCUCCUAUGGCCCAAGUCCCGUGUCAAGCCAAGGACAAGACAGCAAUUCCAUAAGGAACUUAUGGAAGGGAUGGCCAAGUGACCUCUGGAAGCCCGUGACCCAGACCUGGUGCACUCUGCACCAGGUCAUGCACCAUUUAGGUGCAAGAUAAGCCUGAAGGCUGGGAUAGGGAGCCUGGGGGUCUUUGGGAACGGUGGGAGUAGGGCCUGAAGUCCCUGCCCCUCUCUCCCACCCACAGGCUGCCUGGGCACUGGGGCUUGAUUCCCAUUGUUCCCCCCUGAGCCUCAUGGGAAGGGAGUAAGGGCAGAAGGAAGCAAUAUGACCCCAUCCCCACCUGAGGACUUGCCCCAGGGCACUGCCCAAGGGUCCUUGCUCCCCCAGCUGCCACUUCUUGCCAGGGCCCACCCUCAUGGCUGGGCAAACGAGACGGCACCCCACUUGGCAGCCAGUGUCUGCCACAGGUUGUGCAGGAGGGGCCAAAGGAGGAGGGGACAGGGCAUGGGUCAGUAUGUGGGGAGGGGCAUGUACAAAGCCCAGGCCUGCUCCUUCCUUGUGCUCGAAGGCCAAAGCUGUUCACAUCUGUGCUCAAUCAUCUGCUUCAAAUUGAAGUAAAAGCCUCAACAUCUAAAGAAAAUACCUGUUUGUGUUGAGUGGACUCUCUGGGUGACCAGGACUUAAGCUGGUGAUGAGCUGGGGAGGUGUGAAGGAGGUGGUUGGCCUCUACCUGGAGGUUGAGAGCCCUUCAGGAGUAGGCAGUGUGCGUGUGAGAGUAAGAGUGUGUAUGUGUGUGUGGAAGGAAGUGGAGGGGGCGCCCACCAUGGCCUUGGCCUGGACUAAGGACCAGGCCUCUCUGCUUCACACCUCACUUAAUAUGUACCAUGAAUUCAUGAGAAGGGACCUCUAUUAUUAAUCCCAUUAUGCAGAUGAGGAAAUUGAGGACUCAAAGAGAUAAGGCUAGCAAGUGACAGGAUGGCCUCACUUCAAAUCCUGUGCUCUCAAACCAUUUCCAGCCCCUUGACAGUCCCAGUCCAAUGUCUUGUGUGGCCUUAUCUCGUCACUCCACCUCAGUAUGCCUAUCUAAGAUAAGGACAAUGAAAAGCCGCUGAGGAUGGUGAGGGGUUAUAAGGUAAGAAAUGGGAGAGCACUGUCAAGGCCAAGGGUCAGGGCUGCCCAAGGAGUGGGGGAAGGAUGGGGUCCAGAGGCUUCAGCCAUGCAGCACGCACAGUAUUGUCUUUGGUUUCACCUGGUGUCUUGCUCUUUGUCUACCUCUUAGAUUCCUGGGUGGGGGUUGGGGCUGGCCAGCUGUAGGGAGCCAUCUCCUUUUGCACUAGUGUUUCUAAGGCUUGGUCCUUUACCAAGGACCAACACGUGUGGGCUGUCCCUUGAUCCCCGUGCUGGCCCAGAAGCAGGGGACUGAGACUGCUCCGAGUGUUCCUCAGAGCAAAGGUGCCCUAGAAGCAGGCUGGACACAGCAGGCUUGGAAUGGGGCCAAGAGGAGACAGGAAGGGUCAGCCCCCCUGGGACCCCAGACAUGGAUAACAGCACCACUAGGUUGUCCCUCUGAACCUCUGAGUAACCCUGGUGGCAUUUCCUAGGGAAGCAAGAAAUGUGAACCAACCAGCAUCAAGCUGUUGGCAACAGAGGGCCCCUUCUGUUGCUAAAGGGUGGCAUACCACCAUCCUCUGCCAGUGAGCAGACCUACGCCCCUGACACUUAGAAAUAACCAUGGCCUCCCCUUCCCAUCCAUCUCCUCAUAGUAUUCAUUACUUCCUUUUCAUUUUGAAGCAUCUAUUGAUCACCAGCUACAUGUCAGACAUUAAACAAAGCCCUGGGAAUGGAGAGAUGGUCUAACAGAGUGCAUGUCAUCAGAGCUCCUGGUUCUACACAGGGGGUGGGACACACAGGCAGACAAACAAGUAAUUGUGAUACAACUGGAUGACUAGUGUUGCUGGGAGCUUCAGGAAGGAAAGAACUAUUUCUGCCUUGGGGGGUGAGGGGAUUAAGGAAGGGCUUUCCUGGAAAGGGGCCAUAGGAGUUAGGUCUUGAAGUUUGAGUAGAAGUUUUUGGCUCGUUGCCCAUAGCACAGUGGUUAAGGUGCCAGCCAUAUACACCGAGGGUGGCAGGUUCAAACCCAGCCCAGGCCAGCUAAACGAUACUGACAACUGCAACAAAAAAUAGCCGGGCAUUGUGGUGGGCGCCUGUAGUCCCAGCUACUUGGGAGGCUAAGAGAAAUUGCUUAAGCCCAAGAGUUUGAGGUUGUUUUGAGCUGUGA